CUCGGGCAACGGCGAAGCCGCACUGCAUGGUGGUUCCGCACAAAGCUUCCGGAAGCACGGGGACUGAGCCCCCAAAGGAUCGCGGAGUUGCGCGCACCAUGCGUACCUCUCCUAGCCCGGAUUCUUCGAGCGCUCCCCGGCGCCCCAUCUUCAUCUCGGAAGCGAGUGUCAGAUAAGCGGAAAGUGGGCGUGGAACAAUAAGUAUGGCGAUGGUGCCGUGCGCGCGGCCCACCGAAGGUCCUCCUGUCCCGCCACCCUGGCCUGGGUAGAACGACAUCGACGAUGUCCUCUGCGCUCUCCGCGUCCCUGGAGACGCUCGCUACCCAUGGAGCAGCUGUCAACGCCAUGACCCUCGCCGGCUUCUCCAUCCUCAUCUACGAUCACAUUUUGACGUUCGGAGACGAGGUCAACCACAUUUGGAAUGACCGGUUGGGGCUCGUCUCGAUCAUCUUCCUGCUGAAUCGAUACAUUAUACCCUUGGUCCUUGCCGUUGACGUCUAUGAAACCAUGGGCCUCACGAGCAACCACCGCUCAGCCGUCAUGCUGUGCAAGGUGUGGACAACUGUCCAAAGCUACGUCACCAUAGCGUCCUUCAUGUCCAUCCACGCCAUCGUCGCAUGGCGUCUGUAUGCCUUGCAUGGGGGACAAGCGUGGAUACGUAGGGUGCUGUGGAUCGCGGCGGUCGUCUACGUGUCCAGCUCAACCGCGAUCAUCACUGUCGCUCUCGUUCCCAUCAUCGCGGACCUGCAGCCGUUCCACCACGAAUGCGUCAGUUCUAUACCCUCUUACCUAUGGGUCGCUUGGCUACCAAGCGUCUUCUUCGAAACACUCCUUUUCGGCCUUACGGUUGUAGCCAUGCUUCGCCAGGAGAAACGUCGGUCCUUUAGCACACUGUCUCUCCUUCUGUAUCGCGAUGGAAUGUUGUACUUUGUCGCUGUCACAGUGUGCUCUCUAUUCUCGCUCCUCGUAUGGGCACUAGCGCCGCCAUCUCUGAUAGGAUUAGCUCGAUACUUCGCUCUCGCCAUGGUCAACAUCGCAGGGUCGAGACUAGUCCUCAACCUCAAAGGCUUCAAGGCCUCCCGCUACAGCGUCGACUUCACGACCACCUCCUUCUCGAUCGUCACCUCCGAAGCCGCGCUGACGCCGCCGCCCGUGAAGUCCGCACGGCGACAGCGAAAGACUCGAGAAGAGCAGGUCGCCGACGUGCGCGAGGACGACCUGGAUCUGGACCUGGAGAUGUAUUCGGUAGAGCGGGAUUGCCAGCAGUUGGGGACGAAGUUGCUCCACCAGUCAUUCAAUCAUUUGUAGUAUCAGGGACCCACCAUCACUGUAUCUCUAGCAGCUUAUGGGUUAUAGGUAACGAAGAGCCGUUGCCCCAUCGGUUCUGCCUGUGGGUUCGCUGACGCAAUGACCUUGACCG